UGACGUGGUUUAGUGAAACUCGUGCAUAGCGCGGGUAUCAUCUUAAGUCUCUCAUGUAACCUGCUCCCAUAAUCUCUCUUUCGACCGCCUCCCUCAAAUUACGAUCUUUAAUCGAUUGAAAUAAUGGGCACAUCCAUCGGAGUAAGGAUGCAUCCUUUUUGUUAAUGCUGGAAAGCCAUUUUUCUCCUUAUUAUUAUUCAGCUCGGGGGAAUCUCUCCGGCAGCAAUCCAUCAAGAAGAAUGGAUGUUUUUCCGGCCAUCCUUGCUUGACGUGGAGACUGGUAACCGCGAUCCGACCCAGUUGGCAGACAGGACACGGGAGCGAGUGAAAUAGUUAAUUCGUAGUCCGACCGAGGCCAGUGAUCGGAGUUUUCGGGGCGGCGGUCAGUGACUUCCGGGGAAGACUUGCAGAGGUGAGGGAGCGAAGGAGUUCACUGAAGACAGGAUUGAUGCUCGAUGAAAUCUGAUUGAAGCUUUGGUUUUGGAGGUUUUCGGCCAUUUUCAGCUGCUGACGAGCAGCUCCCGCAAGAUUAGGUCGAAGGAAGGAAGUGAAAUCCACAGUAGCCGGUGAAGCUUUUCGUGAGUAUCUGGGAGGAUGUUUUUAAGGAGUCUUUGUUGCUUGCCACGUGGUUACAUCAUCUAAUCAAGCCUCAAAGAUUCUCAAAGGAAAGCUUCAUUUGCUGCCUUGCACUGCCAGUGCAUAAAUAUAUUGGAUUGAACAUAUUACACCAGAAGGAAGUACUUUAGUCAACAUCGAGUUGUUAUUUAGGCAUUAGUGCUGGUAUAAUCUCAUGAUGGGUUGGCAGCACUUUGCUACACUUUAUAAGACACGUGGAAUCAGUUCAAAAUAUGGUGCUCUAUUUUCUUUGAUGGCAAGGGCAAGUCGACCCAAAUAUUCUAUAAGUAGUGAGAACUUUCCUCAACCUUUCUCUCGACAAAUUCAAAAGGCAACCUCAUUGUGGCAAGAUGGAUGGGGCUUUGAAACGAUAGAAUAUGAGAAGAGGUCAUUCUUAAUGAGAAAUAGGUCUAGAAACAUUGGGACACCCUGCGGUUUUGAAGGGAAUCUCCUCUUCUCCGGAAGGACUCUGAAGACAAUGUCUCACCAAGUUGGAAACAGUACGGAGAGAGAACUGCACCUGAAUAGAGAUUUUUUUGUACAACUUUGGGUUUCAGAUAAGAAAAUGAAUGAGCAUGGUGGAAAGAGAAGAAGAAAACAAGGCAGGCAAAAGAAUUUAGGUGGAGUAUCCUAUGUUGAUCAGCCACUCCAUCGUAUAGCAGAAAGAUGGUUUUCUGGUGAUUCUACCGUAAGAGAGAAUUCUGGGCCCAGUAGGCGAGUUCUGCAGCAGCCACCACCGAGCCAAUCAGUUUCUGGUUUGCUGAAACCUGCAUCUCCCGAGGAGGCCCGUGUUGCACCUCUUCUUGCAAGGUCCAAUUUGCUUAUCACGAGGGAUAUAGAAUGGGCGAACCUUGUACUUGGUUUCGAGCAGGAGAACCGCUACGCAAUAGUGGACGUCUGUUACCCUCAGUCUCCGGUGGGCUUGAUACGUGAGCAGAGUAAUGUUCUCGCCAGACAGUUGCUUAGGCUGAGACGUUCUUUUGUAGCAUACAUAACUGAUGCCAUGGGUAACGAACUUUAUCGGGUUCGCAGGCCCUUUUGGUGGAUAACAAGCUCAAUCUAUGUUGAGAUUGAUGGAAAGGAAGUGGGUGUGGUUCAUCGAAGAUGGCACCUGUGGAGGAGGAUCUAUGAUUUGUACCUAGGGAAUGAGCAAUUUGCAGUAGUGGAAAAUCCUGGCUUGUGGAAUUGGACCUUUACUUUAAAGGACAUAAAUGGUGAAGUUUUGGCUGAAAUAGAUCGGGAUUGGCGGGGCUUUGGUUUUGAGCUUUUUACUGAUGCGGGUCAGUAUGUCAUUCGGUUUGGGAGUUCAGAUCCUUCGUCAAAGACAGGCCGUGCCAGAGAAAUUCAGGAGUUGGAAGUAGCCCGUCCUUUAACCCUCUCAGAGAGAGCAGUGACACUUGCUCUUGCUAUAUCAUUGGAUAAUGAUUACUUCUCAAGGCAUGGAGGAUGGGGAAUUCCUUUUAUUGAUGUAGGUGAAUAGGCCUUGAGUCACUACGUUCUGCGGUUCCUUGUAUAUGGGGCUGUGGGCUACACUUGUGUACUGUGAGGUAGUGGCUUCCUUCAUCUACUUACUGAUGCAUCUCUGUAGCAGCCCUCCUAUAUGGCCAUUUGUUUAGCUCUGAAUCCAGCUAAGCGUGACGGAGGUCAUUCCUACUUACAGCUGACAAUCAAAUGCAAAUGGUCAAAUCCUAAAUUAUGUUGCUUUGCCAUCCCAUACGCCGAUUCCUCUGUUCCUCUUCCAGUUAAUUCUUAUGCCCUGUGGGAGAUAGAACAAAUAUGUUAUUUUCGGUUACAGAGGGGGGCCUAUGGGCCUGGUACUGAACAAAUAUGCUGUUAAGGGAUUGAAGCAAGUAAUUCAUGGCAAUAUAAUGCAGUACAAAGGGUAGGCUGGAUUUCUGACCAAAA